AUGUCCCGUCUGCUGCACGCAGAAGAGUGGGCUGAAGUGAAGGAGUUAGGAGACCACCACCACCACUCCCAUCCCCAACAACAUCACCACAACCAACAGCAACAGCAGCCGCAGCCAGCUCCGAAUCUUCCUGGGAGAGAGCACCAAGGCUAUCCUCCUGGGCUGUCGCUCUUGGACAGCACCGAUCCACGCGCCUGGCUGGCUCCCACUUUGCAGGGCAUCUGCACGGCACGCGCCGCCCAAUACUUGCUGCAUUCCCCGGAACUGGGUGCAGCUGAGACCCUGUCCCACCACGACGAGACCGACCCAAGGGGGGAACUUGUGAGGAGGAGCGGCAGUAACAGCAGCAGCAGCAGCAGCAGCAGCAGCAGCAGCAGCAGUGGAAGCACCAGCAGCAGCAGUGGAAGCACCAGCAGCCUCAGCAAGAGUCCUGGUUCGGUGAAAGUGCGGGAGCAGUUGUGCAAACUGAAAGGUGGGUUGAUGGUGGAUGAACUGAGCUGCCCCAGGCAGAGAGCCCCUUCCAGCAAACAGGUGAACGGGGUGCAGAAGCAGAGAAGGCUGGCUGCCAAUGCUAGAGAAAGGAGAAGGAUGCACGGGCUCAACCACGCCUUCGACCAGCUGCGCAACGUUAUCCCGUCCUUCAAUAACGACAAGAAGCUCUCCAAGUACGAAACUCUGCAGAUGGCUCAAAUCUACAUUAAUGCCCUGUCCGAUUUACUGCAAACACCUAGCGGUGGCGAGCAGCCAACCCAGCCCCCAGCCUCCUGCAAAAACGACCACCACCACCUCCGAGCAUCUUCAUACGAUUCGAGUGCAGGCGCGGCCAGCACUUCUGCAGUCUCCCCUGCCCCUGGAGGUGGAUCGCGUCCUUCUCCGCAGGGUAAUUGCAGGACACGCUUCUCGGGCCCGACCUCUGCAGGAGGUUACUCGGUGCAACUGGACGCUCUGCACUUCUCAUCUUUCGAAGAAACCGCUCUGACCGCUAUGAUGGCUCAAAAGACCCUGUCUCCUUCUCUGCCCGGAGGCAUCUUGCAGCCGGUGCAGGAAGAAAGUAGCAAAACUUCUCCCAGGUCGCACAGAAGUGAUGGGGAGUUUUCCCCUCAUUCUCAUUACAGUGACUCGGACGAGGCAAGUUAG